ACGACAACUUCGAGCAUGAUUUAAAGUUGAUGUUCAUCGAUAUCCUGGGCCGAAUUAAACAGUGGACCGGAAUCGUGCAGAACAAACUCAACAUUUGUAAAAAUGAGAUUGACACUCUUCGCAAGGAAUUAUUAGCUCGUAUAUGCGAAAUGGAUAUUAAAACACGCGAAAUAGAAGAUCUUAAAGCUCAAAUUACACAUUAUCAGAACUCUUCACAAUUGAAUGUCAAAUCAUUAACGAAGAAGAAUAAUCCAUCAGUUAAAUUAGUACAAAACGAAAAAUCCAAUAAAAAGAUCUAUGCAGAAGAAUCUUCGGUAGAAGAUGGAAAUGAAGAGACUUCAAUUAAAAAUCCAACGCAAGCUGUUGAUCAGAUAAAAGAAGAAGACGAAGAGCCUAAUUUAGAAAAUGUGGAAACUACCAAUUAUCAAGAAAAUGAAGAAGAUGAUGAGAAAGAAAUUAACAAAACUAAGAAAACCGGAAUUAAUAAUCCAGGCCACAAUCCUGGUCAUCACUCAGAUGAAGAAGUGAAGCGAGUUAUCGACAUGAAUUCAACUACAAUGCAAGGAAACACAAAUUCAACGCUUGAAUCUGAAAUCACACUUCAACAGAACGAAGAGAAGACGGAACGAGAGUCCGAGCUUGAAUCUGAAAUCACACUUCAAAAGAACGAAGUGAAGACGAAACGAGAGUCCGAGCUUGAAUCUGAAAUCACACUUCAAAAGAACGAAGUGAAGACGAAACGAGAGUCCGAGCUCGAAUCUGAAAUCACACAGCUUCGAAAGGAAUACGAGAGAGUUAUCAAGGAGCGCGCCGAAUACGAGAACGCGAUUCAGCGAGCAUUGUUGCGAGGAGUGUCGUCUUUGAAUGUCGAGGCACUGAGAGUCCUGAGAUGUCCACCGAUACCCUGCUGCACUCCUUGCUCACCGUGUCCGGCAACUGCAGGAAUCAUACCGAGUGAACCCGUCGUGCUGUGUCCCGCUAAGAAGACUAAAAGACGCUCAGGACAAACUACUAUGACUAUGUGCACUGCCAAGGUUUCGCAUGAUAGAAACAGCAAUCAAAUUGAUUGCACAACAAAAUGGCCUUGCGCCACUCCUUGCUGCCGCAGCAACAGGAAUCGGAAGUCUUCAAACGGUAAUAUGAUUUUUGUUCUUCGUCAAGAUAAGAGGGAAGAUAUAUGUGAGGAGGACCCAAUUCCAGUAUGCGGAUCAGCAAUCGUGAAGAAGAUUGAGUUACCAUCAUUGCGCAAUUUCGAAACGUAAUAUUCGACGUUUCUCGCUCGGCGUUUAUCGCUCGCACGUUAAUGUGAACAUGUCAUCGAUGAAAAGUAUAAAAAAACUAUAAAAUAAAGUAUCAA